CCUCACCCGUGCGCAUGCGCGAGGCUUACAGAGGAAGGAAGCGAUGUCGAUAGAGGACCCGUUUUUCGUUGUAAAAGGGGAGGUGCAGAAGGCCCUGUCUCGGGCCCGGGGUCUGUUUGAUCGAUGGGAAGAACUGUUACAGGAGGGCACGCAGGUAAGCCGAGAUGAGCUGGACUGGAGUGCCAACGAGCUGAGGAACUGUCUGAGGGCCAUCGACUGGGACCUGGAGGACCUCAGUGAAACCAUCAGCAUUGUGGAGUCAAAUCCAGGGAAGUUCCGGCUGGGCGACAAUGAACUCCAGGAGAGGAGAGACUUUGUAGAGCGCACCAGGAAGUCCGUUCAGGAGAUGAAAGAUGAACUGUCCAGCCCGUCCGCUGUGGCUCAGGCAGAGAAGAAGAACAGACAGGAACAGGACCGCUCGACUGGACUGGAGGCUCACCUGGUGUCGGCCAACUCCAGGUACAUUCAGGAGCAGCAGGAGCAGCAGCAGUUGAUCAUACAGGAGCAGGAUGAGCAGCUGGAGUUGGUGUCGGGAAGCAUCAGAGUGCUAAAAGACAUGUCUGGACGUAUCGGAGACGAACUGGACGAGCAGGCUGUCAUGUUGGAGGAUUUUGGAGAUGAGAUGGACCAGACGUCAUCCCGCAUGGAUUCAGUCCUGAAGAAGCUGGAGAAGGUUUCUCACAUGACCAGCAGUCGGAGACAGUGGUGCGCCAUUGGCGUGCUGGUCGCCAUCAUGAUUGUCGUCCUCAUCCUCUUCCUUGCUCUCUGAAGACCUCUGACCUCUUGAUGAUGCUCGCCUGUCAGGAUGAAUGGACAGAAAACCACGGGAAGAAGGAAGUCUCCUCCUCCUCUUCCGUUCCCUCCUAAAAUCACUCCUUUAACUCACACCGAGGAGAAAACUGCCACCUGCACUGAAACGUUAGGACGCGAUUGUCAGAUCUGUUUUUCACCGAUCUGGCGGAAAGAAGAAGAACUUUGAGAGAAUCCCGGGGGUGUUAUGUUUUUCAUAUUUGUGCGUCGCAAUUAUUGAUGCUAAGUGUUGGGCUACAAACUCAAAUCCGCACAUUUUCAUGCUUCUGGAGAUUAUGUAGAGCAGUCAGUGAGAACGAUGGGGUUUGAGAAAUACACUCACGGAGGUACUUUGGUCAAAUGUUUUAAGUAUUAAAUCCAUUACAGUCUAUCUCUUGGUGUUUUAACCCAACACAAAGAGUGGCGGGCUGUGGCCUUAAAUAUAUUUUUAUACAAUGUUUGAACCGUGCGUCAUGUUCAUGUGCCUACCUGCUAAUUACAGUGACAAAUUACCUGCAAAUGAUCAGUCAGGCUCCCGGGACCGGGGAGUCCUCACAUCCACGUCUCAUCGAAGAGGAAAGCGUUAGUCAAAACUGAAAACACUGAUUUAAAAAAAAAAAAAACACAUAGAGAGAGAGAGAUGCGCUUCACGGUUUGUGUGGAAACGAACGGAUUCCUGAAGAAAACCGUUUUUAUUUCCCGCCCUGAGAGAGACCGAGGGAAGCGGGGGCCGCCGCCACGCGCCUCCUCAACGCCGUCAGACGUGAACCCGCGCGACUGGCCGGGGCUUCAUUACUCUCGCUGGAUGAUGAGAGGCGGCCUCGCCUCGGAGCGAAUGGGUUCACCUCUUUUAUUUCAAAGCGUCUGAUAAUUGCGGAGAGAAAUGGUUGCUGGGCGAGAUGCUUCUUUGUGCGGGCCUGCGUCAGGCUCGCAGCGCCCUCUGCUGGAUGCUGAGGGGUUUUGUUUUAUCUGUUCAAACGACACUAAGGUGUGCUGAAGCUCUGUAUCAUAACCACAAUGCUUUAAUGCGCGUGUUUGAAAGUAAAUUAAUUUUCCUGUGCUGUCUGCUGUAGGUUCAGUUUUUGUUUUUAACUCAAAUUCAAAUGUCUUAAAUUGAAAUUGUUGGGGUCUGUUCUGAGGGAAAACAAACUUGCAUACCAUUUGCCCACAAAUGGGUCAGGAUGCAUUAUUCUCUAUGAAGUUUUGGCUUGAAGAUAAAAGCCUUCCCACUGCCAGAGCCAAGUGAGAUUUAGUCCUCUUGGUGCUUUUAAGUCUCCUAAUCUGUGCUUUUUACAAAUUCAGUGGAAAAAAAACCACAAAAAAUAUUUGUAAAAUUCCUCAAAACAUGUUUUGCACUUCAGUGUCACCUGUAAGAUCUGUUGGGGUCAACUGGAGGUCAGUAACCAUUAAAGCAUCUGUAUUGCUUUUAUUUUAACUUGAGGAACUCAUUUCACAAACAUCUCAUUUGACUGCGUUGUACAGCAAGAAACGUUUGUAUUUGAAGUAUCAAGUUCUUUGUUUUUAUUGAAUUUGCCUUCAGUCGAUCCAUAGAUGAAUGUGAUGGAGGAAACUGAAGAUUGGUUUUAGUCCUGCUUUAAUAGGUUACAUCAAACUUAAUUCAAAUUGAAACGCUUUAGUUAUUUGGGAUUCUUCUGAGUGACGUGUGGUUAAAAAACUGCCAUUAAGUGUCUUGGAUAAUUGCCAGCCAUCAGGAUUUAUGUACCUACAAGACGGCUGCAAAACAAGCAUUUGAUUUUAUGAAACUGACUGAUUGAAGUAGUUUUUGUGCCCAUAAGCAAUAUGAUUUUUCUUUCUUUUAUUGUCACUGUUCAUGGUCCUAAGCGGUUCCUUUUUCUUUUUUACAUUUUGGCAGUUUUGAGUCCGGUCUGAUCCGGUAUAAAUCCCUGAACAUCGUCUGAUUGCAUCUUCCCGCUGUAAUUUGUCUCAUCCAAUUUGUUCUCCAUGAAGCAACCGAAUUUAUUUAGAGCAACCUUGUACACUGACUGACCUGCGUGUUUGAAAGAAUACAGUAUUUUGAGUCUCGGUU